GCGUGUUUGUAGCAAAAUUUAAACCGCGUGGUCAGGCCACUGAAUGAUUAUUUAAACAGUGCUUUCUCUCACAAUUUCUCCUCUGUACGGCGACUCCGUGUAUCGUCGGGAAGCAAGUCGGCCGAUCAGUUCCGGUGUCGUCUGACAGUGGUGCUUGGUGGUAGCCGACACUAGCCGUGAAGUGAAAAUUCAAUUUAAAAUGCUGGAAAAGCCGAGCAUGGAUUCAGCAGCUACCACUGCCAAUGUUGCCACCGUCAAGCGCUACGCUCCUCCCAGUCAACGGAACCGAUCACUCGGAAGACGUAAAUCUGGAGGAGAUCGACUAGAACGGGCAAACAGUUACUCUAAUGAUGGUGAGAAGAACACAGUUGGCAACUUCAGAAGUAUUCCCAUGGCAGGUCAUGGAGAUGCUAGUGGCAACAAUCGCACAAAUGAGAAUCCUCGUUCGAAGUUAAUACCUUUACAUGGGUGUUGCAACAGUGAAGCUCUUCGUCUUUUGAAUGACCGUUGGACAGCUGCCAUGACCGCACUCAAUAAUUUGCCCGAAGAUUCAGCUGAAAGGCCCAUCUUGUAUUCAAGAAAAAGUGCACCAGCCUGGGGCCAAGCUGUCGUCCUUCCACAUUUGCUAAUGCAACCAGCAGGUGGGCCUUCUACUGGUUUGCAGAGCGACUUCUUGACUGAACUCAGGCAGGCAAUGCACAAAGCAAGUACUGGAGCUAACGCCUAAACGGUACUGCAUAUGGUUAAAAUGCAACGUACUCACGUUCGGUCUUCAGAUCCUGCGAGGUGGGAUUAGAUAAUUUGUUGCUCAUCGAAACAGUUUCCAUGUUUGCUACUUAUAUGAUGUGUAAUUUAUCUUUCGACCUCAGAAGUUUCUGCAAUAUAACUGCUUCCAUAUGGUGUGUAUGUUGAUUAUCAUCUAUGUUGUCCUUUAGUAGGUAAUAUGUUAAAUUAUGGAAAUUUAUGUGACU